CUGUAUAACUGUUCAUUUCAUUUAAACAUCGCAUUAAGUCCCAUAAAGAACUUCCUCGUGAUGUGACUAAAUUACUAACUGGAACUAGUAGUGUUAUAUUCCCGUAAAAUUUACUGUCGCAUUGAACAUUCUCAAUUCUUGGAGAUUUAGCACUUCAGAAGCAUUUCAAAUGAAUAUUAGUACAAACAAAGUAGACCGGUUCCAAGUUAUCGAGUCAAGAAAUUAUUCAACUAUCUUGCAGAUUUUGAGGGAUAGGCUUCCAAUAUCAGGAGCAAUUUAUAAUGUGGCUGUUACAAUUUGCAAAGAUAAUACAAAGAAAAUGGAAUGCUAUUCAUUGGACGGAGAGCUAACUGAGGAAAAGGCAGUAAUUUUGAUCAAUUAUAUAACAGAGGAUGUCGGUCAGAACAUAAAUAUUUCGCUGCCAUCCAACUUCAUAACAAUAACUCAAGAUUUCAAGGAAGCCCUUCUUUCUACUUGUGCAAUCAAUUGGACAGGGUCUCACAUGUUUGUCGGUAUUGAAAGAAUCCUAAGUCCUCUUAUUGUAGAGAUUAGCGCCUUCACUAUGGGAAAUAGUGUCGACGUAACGCCCACCUUGUCGUAUUGGAUUUCCCCACAAAAAAUUGACGAACUGACAAUGCAAAAACAAGGGAAUAUCCAAACAAAACAGUUGGACGUUGGUCAUGGUGUCGAAUUCUUUAUGAAAAACACACCCAACGCUAAAUCAGAAGAACGCAUACGAUCCAUGAUUACCAAUAGUGUAUCGAUUGGUGCCUAUAAAGAGGGGGGAAUCGUAGUGGCUGCUGCAUUACUGUCUCAUCGAGGACAGGUCGGCCCGUUGCUAACUGCACAGGAUCACAGACGAAAUGGUUACGGGUUAACUUGCAUGAUUGAGCUGCUGAAGGAAAUGAAGAACCAGGGAUUCCAAGGGGCAAGUUCGGUUGUCAAGGAUAACGUCAAGUCGAUAAGACUACAUGAAAAGUUGGGAAUGACGAUGACACAUGAGUCGGAUUGGAUUUCUCAUACUAGGGCGGAAUAAAUAGUUGCUUCUGGUAUAGGGGGUUCUGUAAAUUGGUUAAUUAUGGAUAUGACCAUUCCUUACGCUUUACCUAUCCUAGUUAGACUUGAAUUUUUAUUGGUUUACGAUAAUAAUCAGUAUGCGAAUUAAAAAAGCCCCAAAAUAAAAUUUUAGUUUGCAAGGAAAAAUAAUUUGUAAGGAAGAUGUAUGUAAAUACGCUGGAACUAUCUAAGCAAUAAAAUUCGUAAUGUUUUA